CUAGCUCAACGGUGAGUCUUAAAGAGGCAUCGGUGGGAAGGAGAAAAAAUUGAAAAUGGUUUUAAGAAUUUGGCGUUAAAACGGACAGAAUGGGAAUUCCUACAAACUUGUAACGCACAUUUUUAGAUGAUCCGGAGACAGCUGUGUUUUCCUCUCAAAACUGGCUGCUGGCAUACAAAUCAUUUAACUCAAGGAAUGCCUGAUGCAGUUCCACGGAAUCAUCAGGAGGAGGCGUUGAGGAUGGAACGCACCAGCAUGCUGUGUCUUGGGUCCAGUAGCUAGGAUUGUGAGCAUUUGUUUGUAAACAUGCACCUUUGAAAUUGGAUUUCAAGAAGGAUGCAAAAUCUGGGGAAGCCUUUGGAGUCUUCAUUUUGAACCUAAUGAUCCCUUUCAAAAGCCUGGUAUUUACAACACGCAUUUCUGCUUGGUAAAAAUCACACGUGGAGACAACUCUUUAUACGUUCUGCGGACCCCUUACUCUGUACUGUCCUAUCCUCCAACCCACCUCCCCCUCCUGUACCCCUGUUGAUCGACGUUUUAGUGAUUCUGGUUUUUAUGGCAGCGGAGUAACCGUGGAGAGGCCGGGGUAUCACAAGCUUAUGGAUUUUGAUAAGAGAGGAGGAGGAGGAGGAGGAGGGAAAGGGGAGGUGGAGGAAGGCAAGAGGAUGUCCAAGACUGGCGGGAACAGGACAGCUCAUGGGGGCCGCAGCUCGGGCACCAAUUCGGGGGUUCUCAUGGUUGGCCCCAACUUCCGGGUGGGGAAGAAGAUCGGCUGUGGUAAUUUUGGGGAGCUUCGGCUUGGGAAGAACCUCUAUACUAAUGAAUAUGUGGCCAUAAAACUGGAGCUAAUCAAAUCCAGGGCACCCCAACUUCAUCUUGAGUACCGGUUCUACAAACAAUUGGGAAAUUCGGAGGGCGUUCCCCAGGUGUACUAUUUUGGCCCUUGUGGCAAAUAUAACGCUAUGGUGCUGGAACUGCUGGGGCCCAGUUUAGAGGACCUGUUCGACUUGUGUGACCGCACCUUCUCCCUCAAGACCGUCCUCAUGAUUGCCAUCCAGCUGAUCACACGGAUGGAAUACGUACACACCAGGAGUCUAAUUUACAGGGACGUCAAGCCAGAGAACUUUCUUGUGGGACGGCCGGGCAGCAAGAGGCAACACACCAUCCACAUCAUCGACUUUGGCUUGGCCAAGGAGUACAUCGAUCCCGAGACCAAAAAACACAUCCCAUACCGGGAACACAAGAGCCUGACGGGCACGGCCCGCUACAUGAGCAUCAACACGCACCUGGGGAAAGAACAGAGCAGGCGGGAUGAUUUGGAGGCGCUGGGUCACAUGUUCAUGUAUUUCUUACGAGGCAGUCUGCCUUGGCAAGGCCUCAAGGCUGACACACUAAAGGAGCGCUAUCAGAAAAUAGGAGACACAAAAAGAGCAACUCCAAUUGAAGUGCUCUGUGAGAGCUUUCCAGAAGAGAUGGCCACCUACUUGCGUUAUGUGAGGAGGCUGGACUUCUUUGAAAAACCAGAUUAUGACUACUUGCGCAAACUCUUCACAGACCUCUUUGACAGGAAUGGCUACGUCUUCGACUAUGAGUAUGACUGGGUUGGCAAGCCUCUGCCGACCCCGAUAGGACCCAUUCCCACAGAUACUCCACUGCAGCCCAGCAGCAGAGAAAAAGCACAGCAGCAGACCAAAAACCAGUCGCCAGAACCCAAAGGAAGUGAAUCCCAGCCAACUCCUGUGACCAACAGGGAGCUUCUGGGGUCGCACCUCACAGCUGAUAGGCUGGGGGGCUCAGUCCAGGUAAUGAGUUCGACCAAUGGCGAGGUGAACACAGAUGACCCCACAGCGGGACAUUCAAACGCGCCCAUCACUGCCCCUGCUGAGGUGGAAGUCGCUGACGAUACAAAGUGCUGUUGCUUUUUCAAGAGGAGGAAGAGGAAAGCCCUACAGCGACACAAGUGAAGAGAUGCAGGCCAGAGGCUCAUCAAGACAUUUUUCUCUCACUGGUGUGAUCUAAACUAGAAAAAUAAAGAAAGGAGGGAGGGGAUAAAGAACUGGAGCAGGAGUGCGGCGCGCUCCUCUUCAUCUGUGUGUACACACGAGCGCGUGCGUGUGUGUGUGUGUGUGUGGGGGGGGGGGGGGGGGUUGUGUGCGUUUGUGCUCCAAACAUCCUGCACUGCAGAACAGACACUCACUGCCUCACCUGUGGCACCGGAAAGGACCCACUGCUGCCUCUAGACCACCACCGUCUUUUUAAGGAAACAGUUUAGAGGAGUUAAGUAUAUUUGUAUGAGGUGUAAGACACAAGAAGGGACUAAUAUAAGAACUGAACGUGAUGUGCUUCAGGGUCUGAAUGGAGAUGGACAAUUUAAACUUGUAUUUUAGAUCACAUGGAAGAAAUUUGUUGAAAGAGAAAAAAAAAAGUUUAAACACCACCCACAAAUUCUGGAUGAGUAAGAUGUGUUCCAUGGCAUUUUAUUUCAUGGGAUCAAAGUAGGAAAUGGGAGAGUGGAGACUGCUGACUGUCAUGCAUUGAGUUUGGAAUAGGAAUUUGAGAAAUGUCAAGUAUGCCAGGAACAAUCUACUUGUGUAAAUGGUCUGUCCUUUUCUUUUUAUAAUUUAAGAUGACAUUGUUUGAGAGCUGCUCUCCCUGAGUUGGACAAUUUUAGAUUUGUUUGCUUUUUUAAUUGCUAUUUUGUUUCCUGUCCCCCCCCCCCCGUCCAUUUUUGAGGAUGGUGUAGCACAGUGGCUGGUCUCAGGUACUGUGGAAGACUGGGAGAUGUGCAUAAAAUCUCUCUUCUUUUGACUUGCACUUUUGAGAGUAAAGGAAAAAAGAAAUCGGGCAUUUACAUUUCUGGGCGCUGCAGAAAGCUAAACUUGAUAUGGGAUCAUUUCUCCAGCAGGCUGGUCUCUCCUAUAGAGACAAAUGUAAAGCAUUUGGGGGUAGGGUGGAAUGUCUUGUGCUUUUUAUUUUUCCACAGUAGAUUUAAGUUACCUGGGAACUAUAGUUUGUGCCUUUCUGAGUAAACCGUUUAACACUAAUGUGUCACUCUGAGAUGCUUACCCAGUUCAGGUGCCCUCAGCCCUUACUCAAUUUUCUUUGUUCGGUUUCCACUGUGCAGUCCAGGGUCAGCCAGACGGAGCAAGUUGCCAUUGACUUUAUUUUACUGUUGUAAAUGGCAUAGUUAGCUUCAAAGGAAUGACUAUAUGGGUUUAUAACCAGUAACAAAGGUUGCCUAUCAGAGAGAGGAUGUAUGACGAUUUACAUACCUAUUAAAUGUUGCUUUUUUUUCCUU